GAGAUGCCGACUGAUGGCAGGCGUGGGUCUGAAUCGUGACGGAGCUAUCGUGCUGCGGCUCGAAGCUUCUCGCGGAAGUGCCCCACUUGAUCUCACAUCCCACCUCACCCCGCGCAGUCCUCCAAACAUUGUUGCAGCCUCAAUCAGCUCCACAUAGCAACACACACACCAAGUCCCGUAGAUACUCCAGGAUGGUAAUCAACUACAGCAAGUGGGACGCUCUCGAGCUCUCCGAUGACAGCGAUAUCGAAGUGCACCCAAAUGUCGACAAGAAGUCGUUCAUUCGCGCCAAGCAAGCUCAGAUUCACCAGGAGCGCGACCACAGAAAACACCAGAUCAAGACGCUGAAGUACGAGCGCAUAAUAAACGAUGGCCUUACCGCACGCAUUGCCCGCCUGCUCACAGCGUUGAAGUCGCACAAGGACAAGCUUGCAGAGGGCGCCAACGAGGAUCAGCUGGUGUUCCAGGCAAUGAUGGAGAGUAUGUUGGACAUGAAGGAGAACGCACCACCGCCACCUCCAGAAGGUGUACACGAGCACAUCAAGGACAAGCCUACGUACCCGCAGAUGAUGGCGAGCAUGGUGGACAUUGUAAAGAAGGAGAUCGACGCAAGCAGCAGUACAGAUUCGCGAUACGACCAAUUCAUUGUAGGGCUAGACAAGGAGAAGGGGCGAGUCGAGGAUCUUCAGAGGCAGCUACUCGCGAAGCUGGCAGAGCUGGAGAAGGAGGAGAAGAGGCACAUUACAAGUGACGAUCUUACUGAGGGCUUUAGCUACUCGGCAGUCAAGAAGGAGGAUCAGAAGAAGGCCGCAGCCUCGUCAUCGAAAACAGAAACAGUCGAGCUCCUUAACGCACCCAAGCGCCCCGAGGCCACGCGCACCGACACAGCCGACUCUGGCGCAGACGCGGACAUUGAAGAAGGCACCGCUGUUGGCGACGACGAUAUCGAAGCGUCCCCACUCGCAAAGAAGUUUGGCGCGAUCAAAGUAGGCGACUGGUACGCCUGCUUGCAGUUUUUGAUGCAGCACUCGGAGAUCCUCAAAGAGUCCGAAACCGACGGCCUCCUCGUCGAAGCCUUCAACUCUGAGCUCGACGGUAAGCCUAAACACGCCCGCCAGUGCGUGCACCAGGGUCUGCUCUUGCAGUACUGCCGCCAACUUGGCGGGCGCCAGGGCGUCGAGCUCUUCUUCAAGCGCAUCCAGAGCCGCGACCACCAAGCAAGCAAGAUGUUCAACGACGACGUCGACCAGACCUACUACCGCAUCAAGACUCGCGCAGCCGAGAUCCUCAAGGAGCGCGAGGAGAACCCCGAGGGCGCCGGUGUCGAGCAGAUCCAGCUCCACGCUGUCGACCCCGGUACCACCAUCAACAUCCAGGUCCCUCCUGCGACGUCCACCGCCGAGGACCCGCGCGAGCGCGAUAUCGAAAUCAUGGCCCGCGGCAUCUUCGAGACGUUCCCGCCGGGGCUGCAGCGCGCGCUGGAGACGGGCAAGCUGGACGAGAUCAACAAGGUGCUGGCGAAGAUGAGCGUCGACGAGGCUGAGGAGGUUGUGGAGAAGCUGGGCGAGGGCGGCAUGCUGAGCGUCGAGCAGGGCGUGAUUGAUGCGACGACUGAGGAGGGCCAGCGGACGUUCGAGGAGAUCGAGAGGAGUAGGAAAAUGCCGGGGGACAAGGUCGAGGCGACGACGGACCCGGAUACAGGGGACCCUGCGUAGACGCGGGUGAUGAAUGCGCGAAGACAUGGUUUUAGCACAGGCAUGGCGUCUCCUAUCGAUGUUCAUUGUACAAUAUCAAGAUAAUGGUAUCUACGAAGCACGUACGACAC